AUGGAUGCUCGGCAGGUCCUGCUCUUCGUGGCUAAUUGGCAAAGCUUUAGCAAGCUGACAUGCCUGUCCCUGUAUGGCGACCACCUGCAUCCACUGGCGUUGCAUUCUCUGGUGGGGCUGCCAUCGCUCCGCUGGCUCAGCCUGCAAGGCAUGCGCCAGCUCACAGACAACAACAAUGUGGGGCCUGUCUUGGCGAGCCUCACCUCCCUGCAGCACUUGGACCUGGCCAGAACAUCCCUGGGCGAUGGCCUGAUUGAGGCCCUCACAUACAGUCGCCGCCUCGCCUCCUGGCACAAUGAAUCAGGCAAGAGGCCUUUGGAAGGGCCGCAGAGCAGUUGGCCGCAGCUGAAGCUGGUCACGCUGGUGCUGCAAGGCACACAAGUCACCCCAGCAUGCCUUGAGAACUUGAAGGCGCUGAGCGAGCUGGAAUAUCUGGACAUGAGGAAGACAGCUGUCAAGCGAAGGGAGCUGAUUGGGCUGGAGAAACACCUGGGCUUGCAUGCGCAGCACGGGGGCGCAGUCUUGUCUCUGUCAGCAACCUUGUCAGUGGUGCUCGAGCAGGAUCGCCCCAAAGUCUGUCACUGCGACUUCAAUGUUGGCGGCAUUCCUCUGCAGAGGUGGGAGCAGGACAGCAUUAGGCAGCUUGUGUACAGCUGAUGAUGAGUUCAACAUUAUUGAGAAGAGUAUGGGUACUUAUAAUUUAAAAGUUUAUUAUGCAUAUCAAUGGCUUUUCCGGCGCUGCAUCUUGAGGCAGAAGGUGUGCCGCAUUUUCUGAGCAUGUAUCAUGAUGUAUUUAUAGAUGGCAAAUCAUGUUUAAAUUUUGAAGCUGGUACAAACGUCCGAAAGCAAUGUCAGCGUUGUGAGUAUGAUAACAGUGUCACCCUGGAAAUUUUCUAAGGUCUUUUGUAGUGUUGCCUUUAUUUAUUGCUUCUGCUGAUUGAUUUAUGCUCUGUCCUGAUUUGUAGUGCUGUUGGCAGCCUUGCACACUCUAUGUUAAGUUGGCU